AUGUCCUUUUCUCGCUCCAAUAUCUCCAGCAAGGCGCUUACCGACUUCUUACCUAAGAUGCUUGUGUACAUGGAUUGUACAUCAAAACAUACCAACAGUUUCGUCCCCACAGCCCAAUCUUUUGGAUCCUUUGAGGAAAUCAUAGGAAUUCUUUACGGUAUUCGAAAAUCUGUAAUCUACUUUCUUGAGCUUCAAGCAAAUGAAGUUCUCUAUUUUGUGUGUUGCUCCAUGCUUGUUGUUGACUAUUAG